UCAAAAAUUACAACUCAUGCCCCCAGUGAUGCACCCCGAUUGGGUCUGGAAAUGGCUCCUUCGAGUAGCGUUGAAGAACAUUGCUAGGUUUUGAAGGUUGAAGAACGUUGGGAUUGUCGUCAUCACCAUCGCCACCGCACCCUCCGCCACCUCCACCGUCGUUUCCGUCUCUAUCAGUGACGGUAGGGCCUGACCCUGACAUCUCAACAUACUUAUGUGCGGUAGCUGAAACAAUGAUUUGAGAGGAAGGAGGCUAACAUCGGGAUUCUCUAUCCUUCAAACCUUGGUAGUGUCUAUUUCAUAUGCUUCUCUUUUUGUGAAUCCCAGAGUAUUCCUUAUUUUGAUGAAAUCAAAUUCUAGGAAGCUAUAGUAUAUAUUAGGUCAUUGUUUUGUGAACAUAGUCCUGUUUUAUGAUUUUUCUGGUAAAGAUAAUUCAGAGCAGAAUACAGUUACACCUAGAAAAUGGGCAUAUAAAAUACAACUGGAGAAUACAAAAGUGUCAAGCAAAGGAAUUAAAAUGAUGCAAAUUUACCUUGUCUGAACAUAACUGCAUAAGCACAAAAGGUCAACCGACAAUGCAAAUUCAUGGAUAUUAUACUUUUUUACUUAGUAUCUAAGGUCAAGUUUAUAUUCAAUUGCAUGGCAAGAAAACAAUACCUGUUUUUGUUUCAAAUCUUCUUGCAUCAACAUACUGCAAUAUCAAUAUAAUGUGAUCAGAAUCUUUGCCAUAUCAUGAAAGUGCUUAGAUUGAUGUAGGUAUAAAUCAAUAUAUUAUAUCAAAUCUCAGCUCUAGCUGCUUGAUUUUGGUACUAAAAGAAAUAGGUGAUUCAGCACGCAUGACUCACGGACCCAGAUAAGAAAUUAUUUGACUUGUUAAAUUACCUGGAUGAUAAAUAAUGAAGACAUCACUGUAUUGCUGAGCCUUUUUCCCCCCCACUUUAGCAUAUAAUAGAUUCAAGCAUAUGAAAGCUUGAUUGUUGUUGUUGUAUAUCUUUUCUUAAAGGGUGGUUGCACACAAACAGGUUGCCCAAUGCAUGAUAUUGUUAAGAAGCUUGAGCUGAACUCAUUUCUAAAAGUUAGCUCAUAAGAGAAGGACUACAUAUGUCUUUAUAAGGAUUAUUUUGACUCUAUAGCUAUUUAAUGUGAGACAUCUUAACACACACCUCUUAUGCCCAAGACUGGACAUCCAGUAUGUGAAAUUUGCAGGACUAGAAUCUGUGGGUGGCCCAACAGGACUGGAUAGGAUCUGACCAUAUUAAGAAACUUGAGUAUAACUUACUUCCAAAAGUUAGCUCAUAAGAGAAAGACUGCGCGAUCUCUUAUAAAGAGUAUUCUGACUCAAUUCAUAACCAACGUAUGACAUCUUAAUAGAUAUGACAUAUGCUUAAGGCUUUUGAGUUUUGAUGAAGCUUAGAAAGAGAAUUGGAGGGUUAACAUCACAAAUGAUAGUCUCAGAAUUAUUUUGUUCAUUAGUUUCAGAGUAGGAUAUUCACUCUAAACAUAUCUGUAGGAUUAAAUAUAUAUAGGUUACAGUUUUGAAGGGACAUAAACCUAUCCUAAAGUAACUUUUAACUUAUAUGAAGUAAUGCCUGUGCGUCUACAUAAUAUUUGUGUAUGCCUUCAUACUGAUUUCUAUGUUGCAACUUUUACUUUAACUUGUUUGAUAGUAUUGUGAUUGAUGUAACUUUCAUCUAUAGGCACCCAAGGGAGGAUUUAAUGAAUAGUGGUUAUGCAUCUAGUAACUUAAGGGCAGCUUUCUCCCAUUGCGUACAACAAGUGCGAAGUUAUGAUUAUCAUCACUAUCUUUGCCUUCUUGAACUGCCUCCGUCUAUGCGGAAGGCUGCAUUUGCCCUCCGUGCCUUGAAUGUUGAAACAGCCAGAGCUAUGGAUGUUGCUUCAGAUCCUAGGAUUGGUCUUAUGCGCCUGGUUUGGUGGCAGGAAGCAAUAGACAAAAUGUUUGCCAACAGAUUGAUUGAACACCCAACAGCACAGGCACUGUCAUCUGUGAUAGCUGAGACCAAAAUUAGCAAGAUAUGGUUGAAACGAUCGGUUGAGGCUCGGAUCAAUGAUGCAAGAAGAGAGGCUACUGACAUGCCAGCAACUACUGCAGAGUUAGAGAAAUAUGCCGAGGACACUGUUUCAACUAUGCUGUAUAUGACACUUCAAGCUGGUGGUAUCAUGUCUACUGCAGCUGAUCAUGCAGCCUCACAUGUUGGCAAGGCUAGUGGUAUUCUUUUGCUCCUUAAAUCACUACCCUAUCAUGCUGGGCGCAACCGUCAUUUUUCUUACAUACCAACUGGAAUAGCAUCCAAACAUGGACUAAUAGUUAAACAGGAGGGUGGAGAAGAGAGAUGGGUGGAUUCUCGUGAGGGCCUUUGUGAUGCAGUUUAUGAAAUGGCAUCAGUAGCCAAUGCUCACUUACAAAAGGCUCGUAAGUUAGCUGAAAGCGUGCCUGCUGAGGCUCUUCCCGUGCUCCUGCCAGCAGUGCCUGCUCAGGUUCUCUUAGAUUCCCUAAGCAAGGUGCAAUUUGACGUGUUUGAUCCGAGGCUAACACGAGGGGUGCUGGGAAUACCACCUUUGUGGUACCAGCUUAAACUCAAGUGGACUUCAUGGAGAAAGAAAUACUAACAAGUUGGUAGCUUUACUCAAUACAUGGAGAAAGAAAUACUAUUUAUUGAGGGGUAUUUAUUUAUUUGGCGAGUUUAUUUGCCACACCUGUUGUUGGCAGAUAAACUGGGUCUGUAACCUUGUGGUACGAAUUUGACACAGCAUAUUUUGAUUACAUAAUUAAUUUGGAGAGUUUUUGGAUGCAAUUUAAUGUGACCAAUGUAUUCCUCCUCUUUAAUAAGGAGACUGGAGGAAAUGAAGUGGUUUGAAAGGCGAAAUUAGUUAUUCCAGAAAUAAUUAUAUAAACUUGGAAUUGAAACGUGAGUUUAUU